UUAGAAAAGUGGGAAAUGGAAAUCAAUCAAGUUGAUUAUUUAUCAGAUUUUCUUGCACGUCCUUCAUAAACUAAUCCCUCAAUUUAACCCAUCUGUCAACAUGAUGCCUCAUUUUUAAACACCCUCCUUCCUCCCUUCAUCAUCUUCCUCAAUCUCUCCUCCUCCUUCUUCUUCUUCCUCUCUCUUUUUCAGUUUUUAAGAUAAAAAACAAACUCAACGUUUUUAUCAACACUACUUUUUGUUGAUCAUGCAGUCGAGGUUCAUCUCCAACAAUCGCUUUGUCGGUGAACAGGAGGAAGAUAAUACACCAGAGUGUGGCUCCGAAUCUCCUCCUUCUUCUUCGUUCAACGACAUGAAGACCCCAUCUGCUCUCUCUUCCAAGAAAAGGCGAGCCAUGCAAAAGAGAGUUGUAUCAGUACCGAUCAAGGACGUUGAAGGUUCAAAGCUCAAAGGUGACGGCGCUCCGCCGUCUGAUUCCUGGGCAUGGAGGAAGUAUGGCCAGAAACCCAUCAAAGGCUCCCCUUAUCCCAGAGGAUACUAUAGAUGUAGUAGCUCGAAAGGCUGUCCGGCGAGAAAGCAAGUAGAGAGAAGCAGUGUGGAUCCCAGCAUGCUACUCAUCACCUACUCUUGCGACCACAACCACCCUUGGCCGUUACCUUCUAGAAGCCACCACUCCAAUUCCAAGCACUCCAAACCGGAGCCUCAGCCCGAUCCGGAACCAGAGCGUGAAGCCGAGGACAAGCUCUCGGAUCUCGCUGAUGAUCACGCUCUUAUAUCCGCCAGCGCCGAUGAAUUCACGUGGUUUAGCGAGAUGGAAACCACCACGUCCACCGUUUUAGAGAGUCCGAUUUUUACAGAGAGGACUGUCGGCGAUUCGUCCGACGUGGCAAUGUUUUUCCCUAUGAGAGAAGAGGAUGAGUUGCUGUUCGCCGAUCUUGGCGAGUUACCGGAGUGUUCCUCGGUGUUUCGUCAUAGAAAUGUCGGACCGGAGGUCCAGAUCUGCUGACACGCGUCCGCUGGUAAAUGAUUCAAAGGUGUGCGUACCGUACACUACAAGAUAGCAGAAAAAAAAAUCAAAAAACUAUUUUUUUUUCUUGAUUUUAUAAUUUUAAAGUUAUUUUUAUUUAUCAAACACAUUUCUCCGCCUUGAUUUCAGUGUAGUAAAUGAAUAAAAAUAAAGCCUCCGAUUCCAAAUUA